GGGGGGUCUCAGGCCGGCAUGGACGUCCGGAAAGCGGGGCGGCCCCGCGGCCCCCACUCCUCCCCACACCCGCACCUGGCCAGCCUGAGCCCCUUCCUCCUCACCUGCACCGCCUACUUCCUCCUCUGGAUCCCCGAGGACCCGCCGUCCUGGCUGGGCGCCCUGGUCAAGUGCCUGCCCGUGCUGAGCCUGGUGGGGCUCCUGCGGGCACACCCGGGCCCCGGCGGGAGCUACAGCCUUCGCCUGCAGGCGGCCCUGCUCUUCUCGGCCCUCGGGGACGCCUUCCUCAUCUGGCCCGACCUCUUCCUCCACGGCGCCAUGGCCUUCGGCGCGGCCCAGCUGCUGUACACCGGCACCUUCGGCUUCAGCCCCCUGCGGCCCGGCCUCCUGGUGCCCAUCGCCCUGGCCUCGCUCCCGUUCUCCGGCCUCCUGCUGCAGCACCUCCCGCCCGCCCUGGUGCUGCCCCUGGCGGCCUACGCCCUGGCCCUGUCCGCCAUGCUCUGGCGCGGCCUGGCCCGGGGCGGCAGCGCCCGCUGGGGCGCCCUGCUCUUCGCCGCCUCCGACUGCCUGCUGUCCUGGCACACCUUCGUCCGGCCGCUGGCCCACGGCCGCCUGCUGGUCAUGGCCACCUACUACGCCGCCCAGCUGCUCAUCGCCCUGUCCGCCUUCCAGAGCCCCAAGCUCAAGACCCACUGACCAGGGGCCCAUCGCGAUGGGCCGGCGUCCGCCCUCUCCCCUGCUGCAGGGCCCCGGGCCUUCCCGGGAGCCACCCUUGGGGGCCGAGCCAGGCUCCCGGGCUCCCGUCUACAGGCCUCGUCCAUCCGCCUGUGGGAACCGGUGCAGGAUUCCAGAGGCA